AUGCCAGUUUCAGCUGGUUUUUCUUUUCGUUUGACCGAUGUUGUUGCAAUUACCUUUCACAAGCCACAAACACGAAAAUUACAAUUUAAGAAAAGUUCAAAAAUACGGAAACAAAAAGUGAUUCAACAUCAACAUGACAUCAAAUUGGGAUUGUUCAUUAAACAACCUGCGCAAAUAGAAGAAUAA